AAAACAAAAAACAUUAAAUAUAAAAAUAUAAGAAAAAUAAUAAAAAAUUCAUAGAAGAAUUAUAACCAUACAACAAAAUACAUUCAUACAUAUGAAUAUAAUAUUAUUGCGACUGUAAGAACAAAAUACUCUUCUUUUAAAAAAAAACUAAUGAUGAGAAAAUUUUAAUUUCGAAAACACAAACCAACCUAUAAAUACUAAAAAUGUCUCAUUCAAUUUACAUAGAUGAAUCAAAUGGUAAUAAUUUGUAUUCAACAAUAGCAAAUCAAACAACAAAUUCAACAUAUAGAGCCCAACAAAAUCUAAAUAAUUCACCGUCAUCGAAAAGUACAACAAGAUCAUCAAAUGAAGAUUUAAGUCAAAGUUUGUCGGAAUAUACGGAUGCUGAAGAAAGUAUGUCAGCUCCGACAGAAUUUCUGGCUGAGUUUUUAUCGGCGGUCAUGUUGAAAGAUUACCAGAGAGCUUUCGAAUAUUGUAAAUUGAUUCUUCAAUAUGAGCCAAAUAACGCAACAGCCAAGGAAUUCUAUCCUCUGAUUCAAGAAAAAUUGAAAAUUGAAUCAGCUGGUGAAAAUGAUGAAAAUGGUAAUAAAUCAUCAUCAGCGGAUGGCUGUGCUGAUACUGAUAAUGAUGAUGAUGUUGAUGAUGAUGUUGAUGAUGAUGAAGUUGAAGAAGAAUCAGUAGAUGACAGUAAUAGCAAUAAUAGUAGUAGUAGUGAUCAAUCAUUAAAUGAAUCGGAAGUAGCAACAAGUGAAGAAUCUGAUGAAAAUUUAUUAGAUCCACCUGGUUCAAAUAAUUCAUCAAGUGGUAGUGGUAGCGGUUGUUAUGGUAUUAGCCGUAGUGAUAAUACAACACAUUCAUAUUCAAGUUUAUUAUUAGAAGAAGAAGAUGAUGUACCACAAAAUAUAAAUUUACGAGAUAUUCAUCGUACAGAUUUAGAUAUUAGUAAUGGAAAUUUCAUUUCUGCCUCAUGCAGUGACUCAGAGUCCCCAACAGAACCAUUAACACAAAGAUUGGCUGCAAUACUACGAUCAAAAUGUCAUCCUAAUGAUAACGAAAUUGAUAACAAUAAAAAAUAAUAAGAAUUUUAAAUAAUUAGAAAAUAAGAAAAUUUAUUUUAAAAAUAUUUAUUUGUAUGUAUUUAAAAAAAAAUAAG